GUGAGCAUGAGGCGGACAGUCUGCGGGGCUCUAAAAUUGGCCGUGGACCUUAGUUUCCUUCCGUGCCCUCCGCCGCCGCCGGUAUGGUGCUGUCCUCCCCUAUAUAAGUGCCGGGCGCGGAGAUGGCGGCAGUUAGGUGACAGUACACAGGUGGGCAGGGAUGGAGGGUGACGCAGAGCGGCUCAGGUUGCGGGGAACCGGCCCAGUCACAGAUGUGCCACCCGGGGAGAGUGCGGCGCUGCCGCCAGAGAAGCCGCAGGUGGCUGAUGGUGAAGGCGGGAUAGAGAGCGCUCCCUGUCGGGGGAUGCUGGACAUGAGCGAUGAAAUCCUGCUACUGAUCCUGGAUCUCCUGGACCCCUUCUCGCUGCUCAGCGCCGGCGGCGUCUGCAGCACCCUGUACCGGGUCAGCUGCACGGACAGCUUGUGGGCUCAGCACUGCAGGGUUGCUUUUGCCUCAUGUUUUAGAAUGGACUGUGUGGAUUAUACCCCUAAGGAAGCCUUUAAGCUCUUGUAUAUGUGGAGGAAGCUGUACAGAACCCUACCUUACAAUAGAAAAUUACAGGACUUGUUGUUUUCAGGAAUUCCUCCAAAGAAAUACUGGGUGCAAUGGCUCGUGUUAGAAGAAAUGGUUCCCCUCCCCCCAGUCCAACUAACUGUUGUUGAAAUUGAAGAAAUUUGGGGAAUAAGUAAAGAUCUACUUGAUGAAAAAUGUAAAGUUGCAGAUGAAUAUUCAGAAGGAGGACAAGUACCUAUCUUCAAAUACGACUGGAAGGAGCUUCAUAACAUGGCCCUCUUACACCAUGGGGACUACACAAAUGUACAGUCACAUGUUCUUAAUAAAAUGAGCUCUGAAUGUCAUGAGGAUAUGGAGUGGCUUUAUUGCCAGUACAAUAAAUACCGGUUUCAGUGGCUCUUUUCUUAUUGGCUCUUUGGCCUUUCCAAGUCAUGUGCUAGACAACUGCAGAGAAUUUACCUGUGGUGGCAAAGGUUUGAUAAAAAGAAGGUAUCUAGGUGGGGAUCUGCAGACUGUGAUACAGAGUAUCUUGCAUCUCUUCAUUACAUAACAGAUGACUUCUGGAAUGGAAAGCUGGCCAAUGGCGAUGAGAAUAUAGGUAUCCAAAUUGUGGAGAACUACUUUUCCAUGUGCAAAUCCCUCUUAGCUUGGAUUCUGGGCCGCAAAUGGGGAAGAUUUAAACAAAAGAAGGUCUACAAAGAUGCAUUAGAAGGGGUGUACCGUGUGCUGAAAUCUGAGGCCCAGGUUUCCAUGGUUAAUCAUGACCAGUUUUGGUUGGUAGCUAAAGUUCAGAUGUCAAGAAUCUGCAGUCUUGAAGAAAUUGCUGGCAACUAUGUGAAUUGGAAGCUAAUAGAUGCAUUGCCGUGCUACAGAUUGUUCAUGGCCUCUGGAGAGCUAAUCUACUUAGAGCAAGUCAAAGGCUUCCUGUUUCGGAAACAACUAGUACACAAUUGGAUCCUUCAAGAACAGAACUUCUGGGUGAGCAGCCUUCUACCAGAGAGCCUCUUCCAUCUAUUGGAAUAUGAAACAAAGCUCUGUGAAGAGAGACUACACGGUGAUACUGUGGGUGCCCACUUAAGCAGAUUAAUUUGGCUCUAUCUGCAUUCUGGUCAGCAGCUGUACAUGGAUGCCAUGAAGGGUUUCGUCUAUGAAUGUGCUUAUGCAAGCUAUGCAUCCCAAAUCUACGAGACUGUCAGUCUGGUCCCUUACAUUGGUUUUUAACAAACAUUAUUUUUGUUUUUUAUUUUUUUUAUAUAAUUGCACUUUUAUGAAAAUUUUAAUGAUCUGACUUCUAGGCUGUUUUAAUGCCCAUAUUUUCUUGUAAAAUAUGUAUAAACGCUGCUAGCUUUAGCUAAUAGUGUAAUCUUAUACUUCAGGACUUGUCGGUUAGGUAUACAUUUUUAAGACUUUACACUGUGGGACCACUGUGGUAUAUUACUGCAUUCCCCUGCACAAUGUAACUUUUUUUUUUUUUUUUUGCUCAAUCCCCCAUUAUACAUUUUCUAUUGUAAUUUACAUUUUAGCACCAUUUUAAGAUGUUUAAUCUAUAAGGUUCUGAUUCAUAGGCUACUGCUAUCUCAGGUCAAUAAAUGCCUGGUUAUUUAAGCUA